GAUAACGCCGUGAGUCAUUUAGUACACAUAUGUAUGUACCAAAAAAUAUUGUCGAACGAAUGUUUUGUGUUUGUAAAAUUAUGCGUUUAUAUGAAACAUUAUCUUUCGCCGUCCAAUCGGGUCUGCAGUCACGGUCACCUGACGUCGUUCACCACAACAAAGAACAAUUAACUCUUUCUCCCUCACAGUUAUGUCCGUGAUCAUUACUCGACCUCUUCCCUCCCCCCAUUUUGUGCUCACUAGUAUCUGCCUUUCUCCGGCUCUCAACUAAAGUCUAGACCCGUUCACUUCCCCACCACCGAUCCAGAGUUAUCGAACACGCAUUUGAUUACUAUUAACCGACCACGCGGCCCAAUCUCACGUUCACACUCGCACACACGCGUCGCUAGUUUAUCUCUUCGCCGUGCGCACGCACACACACCCAUAUAUGUACUACACACUAACACUUGCAUUCACGUUGGUUAAGACUAAAGCCGACACGCUCUACAACUCACACGUUUUUCCUUCUUCUUCGUCGCCAGUUGUCUGAAGUGAAAAAUACCCAAGAGAGCUUUAAGAAAAUAUAUCAGAAAAAUGGUUCAGAAUACUGAAAUUAUAGAUGCCAGUAGAAAUAAUAUGGUAGUGUUGGAUAACUUAUCUGAUUACUUGAUUUUUGGUUGGGAUAUUGACACUACCGGGCGCCGCUUACUAGAUGAAAUCUGCCAUAUUGCUGGUUACACGCCUAAGUCAGCAUUUAACCAAUAUAUAAUGCCACAUAAUGAUAUUGAUCAAGUAGCUAGAAAACGUCAUCUAUUGUGUACUAUAACCAUGGGUCGUUUCCGUGCAUUAAAAGAUGUUAAAAGCAACAAAACAUUAAAAUCAAAGAGUGAAAUAUCUGCUUUAGUUGAGUUUAUAGAAUGGUUAGAACAAACCUUAAAAGAUAACGGUAAAAAAAAGGCCAUAUUAGUGUGUCAUGAAGUUAGCAAAUUCAAUACAUGUCUUCUAAUUAAGUCUCUUCUUGUUUAUAAUUUAUUGGAUAAAUUCUCCGAAUUAGUAGUAGGUUUUGCCAACUGUCAUUCAUUUGCUCAAACUCACUGUCAAGAUACUAUGGUUACAUUUUCUCUAAGAGUUCUCUCUAAAGUUCUUCUAGAUAAAGAUCACAUUGAUAUAUCAAAAGCAACCGAACGUGCUAAAUUGGCCUAUGAUAUUGUUCAACAUUUAUGUGUGACUUUGGGAAAUGGUGAUGGUGAUGGAAAAGAAGUUGUAACUGGAAGUGAAGUUUCUGAAGAAACCAAGACCAAAGCAUUAUCUACAUUCCUUACAGCUCUAGAUGAUGAAGUAAACACAUUACAUAGCACUCAAGAGCUGUUAGCUAGACAAAAAUCUUUAAAUACUGUUUAUCAAAAGUUCUUUUCCUACCACACAUCUACCACUGAACGCAAAAAAGCUAUUGGAUAUCGUAAUUCUAUUGCCAAGGCUAAUAUUGAUUACACAACACUCCAAACCUUAUGGACUGACAAUAGAGAUAGUUUUAAAGAAAUUGUUAAAGAAAAAUUGCCAGAAUUAUCUGAUGAAGAUAAAGAAGAUAUUAUUGUGACUAUAAUUAAGCAUUUUGAAAAUCCUGAACCUGAUUCUCCACCACCCAAAGGAGGCCGAAGGUAUGGUGGUAGAUUUAGGAGACAUAGCAGUAGUAACAAAGAUACAAGAAAGAGUACAUCCGAUAAAGAAAACGAUCCAAGUUCUGUAUCAUCAAUAUCUGAUGCUAAUGGUCAUACAACUGUAGAAGAAAAGCCUCAGAACGAAAUUUCCAUAACUCAUGAGAAUGGUGACAAUAAGUGAUUACAAACCAAAGUUUGAUUACCAUUUUAAGUAUUUAAGAUUAAGUAUUAUUAAAAAAAAAAAAAAUCUGUUAAGUUUUUCUUGUUGUUCUUCAUAGACUACUUAUAAGUUUUAUAUUAAUAAUUUUUUAAAAUCUCAAAAAAUAAAUUGAUUUUAUUAAAAUAAA